CCCGGGGGACCGGACGCCUCGGCGGGAGCAGCUGAGUCCAGUGUGGUUUCUACCCCGAAGAAAACCCAUCAGUGGUGAUGCUGCAGGAGAGGUUUCACAUGAGGGCCCUCGAUUGGAAGGGCAGCUUUGCACUUCUGUAGCUGAUGGGAGAGGACAACAGCUUGGUAACAGGACCUACCAAGAACUGGCAGGAUGAGCUCCAGCUCACCCUCUGUGCAUGACUUGCAUCACAGCACCCCCACCAUGGCCAAGCCAGAGCCAGAGACAGCUCUGGGUGUGACUGUACCACAAACACCCACCAUAAGCCCUGAGACUACCAGUUUCAACAGCACCAAAGUCCCAGAUACGGCCAGCACUGGACCUGGCAUGAGCACCAUGCUGCUUUCCUUUGGGAUCCUGACAGUGAUUGGGUUGGCUGUAGCAAUGGUUCUGUACAUCAGGAAGAGAAAGAGGUUGGAGAAGCUACGGCACCAGCUCAUGCCCAUGUACAACUUUGACCCCACCGAGGAACAGGAUGAGCUGGAGCAGGAGCUGCUGGAACAUGGGCGAGAUGCAGCAUCUUCCCAGGCAUCACAGAGCAAGGUGCUGCUGCCGAGCCAGGGAGCCCUGCAGAGACCCAGCCGCCUCGUGUUCACUGACGUGGCCAACGCCAUCAAUGCAUGACCGGGACCUGCCCUGCUCCGGAUCCUGCUCAGAACGAGGGUGAAGCCAACAAAGCAGUGACUUCCCUCAAGCAUGGCUGAUCCACUGAGCCCAGCUGCUCACCUGUUGGUUUGUGUUA